ACACAUUAUACAUGUCUAUUCUUUAUUUGUCAAACUCACUUGACACAUGGAAUAUGUGUGCGGAAUGGGGAUGCCCCAAAUUGUUGCUUGAACAUUUAUCUAAUAUGUUCGUCCAUCGUUUGUUGUUUAGUUUUAUUAUAAUUUGUAUAUAUGUGACUUUUUUAUCGGUACUCAUUACUCAAUAAUAUAUCUAUAGAACUAUAAAAAUAUGGCUGAAACUAAAAUCCCCAAGUUACAUAAAGUAUCACCUAUAUUAAUAAAGAAGAACGCGUUAAAAAUAAACACGUCUCGUGGUAAUUACGAUUUCUUGUUACGUUGUGUCAAGAACGCGCCUCAUUUGUUAAUAAAGGAGGAUGAAAUAUAUCGGUCGACGGGCGACGAUUUCCUCAAGGGGAAAUACCCUAACUUGGUUUUGGUAAAUAAAUUGAAUGUGCUCAACAACACGAGUCAAACUAUUGCGACAUACGUCGAGAAUUCGGUCAGUGUUAGACUAACAUCCGAUGCUAUAGUCAAAGUUGUCGGUCAAACAAACUAUGAUACCGUGUUCGGUGCUUUAUGUUCUAUUAUAAGUUUAGAAACCAGAGUGCAGGGCAUUCUGUCUCUCUUAUCAUCGUCUAAAGUGAAAGAGACGUCAUCCACAGCUUCUCAGACUGUAGAAUCUAGCAGGGAUGUGUUCAUGAAGAGGAAAACACAGAGGAACAAACGGAAAAAAGUGAGCCCAUAUGUUAUCACGGAUCAUUUGAUGGAAACCAGCUCCAACGAAGACGUAGCCAAGAAGAUAGACGUUAUCAAGGAUACAGAUAUCAAAAUCGAGUGUAGGAACUUAAGUAAGACAGUGGAAAACAGUGAUAAUAAUCCAGAAUUCCCCGAACUAAAACACAUAGUCAACGAGGACAGUAACAUAUCGGACAUAAGUUUAGGUAAUUUGUCUUUGAAUAGCGGCCAUAUACCCAGCAUAGUGGACAACACUAACAGGCUACUGAACUAUAUAGAGAAUCACACUACCCAAGUAAGUCACCGCAUGAUACGAUUAAUGGACGGAACGGAAUUACUACUUCCGGGGAACCCCGAUAACUUGCAUCUGGCUACACCAGAGAUAUUGAAAGAUCUUAGUCCUGUACAACGAGGAAAGCUGCUGUGGCACCAAGCAUUCAUAGACUUCAAGAUGUGCUUAGAACGGGAUGAAGAUGAUAAUUUACCCCUUCAUUGGGCCGUUCUCAACAAUGACGUGGAUCUGUUGAGGAGACAAUGUGUUGUGCUGACAAGCCACCAGCACUCCCUCGACAUACCAGCUGGGAAUAUGACAGCGCUUCAAAUGGCUUUAGCCGAUUCGUCGCACAAAUGCACUGAGAUGCUACUACGUUACGGUGCAGAUGUGUUACUAACUGAUGAUGAAGCGAAAACAGCGCUCCAUCUAGCGGCUGAGAGGGAUGAACAUCACACGAAUGCAGUCCUGGAACAUUGUAGGACUAGAGCAAGGUUCAUACUAAAGGAAAAUGAAGAUCUGUGGGAAGAUGACUUCGAUGAGAAGCCAGACGAGGUGCUCGCUGAAUACCUCGUCAACAAAAUAAGUGUUCUCUGUGACGAACAAGGUUACACCCCGCUCAUGCUGGCGAGUAAGGCGGGCAACCACGCGUGCGUCAACCGCCUAGUGCGCGCGGCGCCUUACACCGUCAACAUGGCGAUGCCGACCUGUGGCAACACAGCCUUAUAUUUGGCUGUCACCGAAGCAUGCGGGGAAGCGAUGAGUGAGAACACAGCUUUAUACAGCGAAAACAAAUCUAAGAUAAACGAGAAAUUCAUGAAGACCAUAGAAUGUCUGGUGGAGAACGGCGCGGAUCCGUCAAUAGUGAACAGUUACGGCAGCAGUGUCAAUGACCUCCUAAACGAGUUCAACUUCCACGAGCUCUCCAUGUUGAUAGCGAACAAAUUGACCUCCAUCAAAUAUUUGGGCGGAAGGAAGUUGGAGGAUUUCAGCUCCUACAUGCUCCUCAAGAACAACAGCGGCGGCUUCGACCUGACACACGUCAGGGAAUCCGUCAAAGUUUACAAGAAACCUGAAAAAAAAUACCCCGUUAAGCCAGUAGACUGUGAGAACAAGGAGACCGGCCACGAACAGCUAGCGCGUGCCGACAGCGGGCCCGCGCCGGCCGAAAACGCGGCGUACAUCAAAUUUAAUAGACCGAAACCGAUGAAAUCGAACAGCAGGAUAGAUGCGAAGGACAGAGAAGUGUUGGAGCCGAGGAAAAGAGCGAAGACGACUAUAUACAAGACAUUGCCCGUGGUGAAGGUGGUCUCCUACCAGAGCAGCGCCAACAAGGGACUGGUGCUGCUCAAAGAUAACCUGGUGGAGGGCGGCAGAAGCAAUGUGGUGCUGAACAAACAGUUCUCGCUCCCGAUAAAGAUACUACCGAAGUCCAACAAGCAGAUCAAAAUCGGUCCAGUCAAAAGAAACACACAACAGCAGAACAGCGUCCCGAGCAAGCGGAGCAAAAACACAGGCGGGAAGAAAACUUAGCGAGGGAUUUCUUGUUUAGUUUUAGCAAAUAUUGAUUAUGAUCUUACUUACUUAUGUACGGCCCUGGCUGGAUGUGGAAACUAGUAUUUGCGCCUCUUCCUUAUAUAUUUUAUUAUCUAUAUCAAUAAGACAUUACUUAAAAAGUAUUGAAAGUAUAUAAUCUGUGCACUGACCCAAGUUCUCUCGAUUCAUAUAUUAUUAUGUGACAUUUAACCUCAUUUUUGAGGUCAAGGGUCACCGACCAUCAACAGCACUGGAGUCCAGCAGCAGCUUUGAUAUUUUUUUUUUUUAUUAAUAUAAAUAGAUUUUUACGAAUAGAAUUAAAGUCCUUAGAUAGUAAAUAGUGAAUAUUACACAAGAAAAUAGAUUAAAUAAUAACACUUGUGCUUGUGGGUCAGGACGGGGACGGAAAAAAGGUUUUAUUGAUACAGAUAAUAAAUACAUCGCGGACGAAGUCGCGGGCGAAGAUUAACUUUGUUUUUUUUGAGGUAAUUUUCUACAUCUGUAUACACGAAAGGUUUUGGCAAAACAUGAAAAAUGUAUUUUUAAACUGUUUAACAAAUUUUUUUUCCAAUGAGAUGUAUUUAAAUUAAUUUUCUGUCAUUAUCUUCGCGUUAGACUUUUUUCUGUCAGUAACAAAAAAUGAUUUUUUUUUUUUUUUCAUAUUUAUUUGACUCUGAAAAUACGGGAUUUUUGUGUUCAUGAUUUGAUAAAAUAUUCUUAAAUACAUAAAUUAAGGAUA